CCGCCCUUUCUAGAACAAUGAUGGGAAACUAGGAACAGCUCGCGAAACCAAGCAAAUACCUGACUCUGUCUCUUCUAAAUACCAUAACCCAAACGAUUUCAUAUCGGCAAGCUCUAAUCAAACCGGCCGAAAUGGCUAUAUCUGACCAAAUUCCUGUGCUCAUUGCUGGAGGAGGUCCUUCGGGUCUCAUACUAGCUCUACAGCUCGCAAAACAUGGUGUCAAAUCUUUGUUGGUCGAGCGUAACGAAGGCACUACGAAAUGGCCGAAAAUGGACAUUACCAACUGCCGGACUAUGGAGUUGUUCAAUCGUCUCGACGUGUCUCAAGGGUUGCGAGAAAUCGGUGUCCCACAAGAGUACUCGUUCAAUGUGCUCUUCAGCAGUGGUCUAUCUGAAGGUGGAGAGAAGCUCGCGCAGUGGGAUCUUCCUUCUCCAAAAGAGUGGGACCAACGUAUUCAUGCACAAAAUGACGGCACAUUGCCACGCGAACCAUACCAGAGAUGCUCCCAGGCCAUCUUCGAGGCUUGGCUGAAACCUCGAAUCCAGCAGGAGCCUCUCAUCGAGUCGCACUUUGGCGUCAUGUUAGAGUCACUUAUAGAGCUUGAUGACUGCGUCGAAUCAUACCUUGUCAAUGUGAAAACUGGCGAAAAGCACACAGUUCGAAGCCAGUACGUAGCUGGCUGCGACGGAGCAGGCAGCAGAGUGCGUAAAACAAUUGGUACGAAACUGAUUGGCGGUCAAGUGUCUGGUGCUACACUCCUUGUGCACUUCAAGUCGCGCGAUCUCACCAAACUCCACAAGCAAGGUCAUUUCUGGCAUAUCUUUUUCACGCAAGGGGCUGUUAUCAUAUCCCAAGAUGAAGUGGACACGUGGACUGUACAUCUGCCCAUUCCUCUAGAUACAGACUGGGAACGUCUUGAUCCCAGACAGGCAGUUUAUACGGUUCUGGGUGGAUCCAUGGGCCCAUUUCCCAUUGAAAUCGACGAGAUACUCGUCAAGAGCAUGUGGAGGCCGACUAUCUGCAUCGCGGAGAAGUAUGCAUCAGAGGGAAAACGCAUAUUUCUGUCAGGCGAUGCAGCACAUCAAAACGUCCCCCACGGAGGCUACGGCAUGAACACUGCCAUCGGCGAUAGUUUUGAUCUCGGAUGGAAGCUGGCAGCCAUGGUCAAGGGCCAUGGUGGGAAGUAUUUGCUAGACUCGUAUGAAAUCGAACGGAAACCAGUCGCCGCUCGCAACAUUGAGCGGUCGGGCGUGCACGUCUCCGUCCACCACGAUUAUGUGAGUUGGGUCGCCGAGACGGGGCCUGGAAUCCUGACCGCAGCGAGCGCAGAGGGAAAGGAGUUUCGACAGAAGAUUGAAUCCUAUGUGACGGCCCGCGAUGGCGAGAACAAAGACCACGGCCUGGAACUUGGUUACCGCUACAAUGGAUCCCCCGUCAUAAUCCAGAGCAAAGACUGCGAGGAGCCGCACUGGUCGGUACGGGAUUACGUCGCCUCGACCUGGCCUGGUGCGCGAGCGCCUCACGUUUACCUAGCCGAUGGAAAAACGAGCAUCUUCGAUCUCUACGGUCGUAACUAUACUAUCAUCGACUUCACCCCGAGCGGGGACAUCUCCCAGUCAUUCAUGCAGACCGCGGACGAACUUGCCAUUCCACUGAAACGCGUCCAUCUCCCGUCUGAAACUCACGUGCGCAGCGUGUGGGAACGCGACGUUGUGCUCGUCAGGCCAGAUGAUCAUGUUGCGUGGCGUCUUCCUCAAGACGGAACAACAGUGAACACGAGGGAGGUUUUGGACAUCGUGACCGGUAAGCAACGGACUGGUGAAGAAGAAGGGUCUGUUCAACUCGAUGCGCUUGCAAACAUUCGGGAGAAAGGGUUUUCGGGGACUACCGGCAAUGAGGAUCAGAAUCUGGUCAAGGGACGGGGUGAGUUUCAAAUGUAAAGUAUGACAGGUUGAGGACUUUGUCAACAAUUCCACUCUACUACCCGAUCGAUUCUGCUGUUCAUCUUGUAGAUCAACACACAUGUCGUUCUGCAGUUCCGUGUC